AGAUAAUAUUCAAUAUGGCCGCCAAGUCACUGUAACUCCGCCCUUAUUGAGUUGCCUUGACUGAACAGGCCAAUCACACUAUUCGGGUGAACGUCUUUAGCCAAUAGGCGUUAUUUCACUUAAAUAUGUUCCCGCAUAGUUUAUACACCACCCCUAUCACGCAUUGCAAGUCAAAAAUACAUUCCAACUGACCAAUGAGAUGUCUCUGUUAAGGGUCAAGUUUUGAUUGACGGCUCUUGUAACCAAUCAGUAAAGGAGAAUGCAUAUCUUCGCUCCUGUGUUUUAAAAGUGACAAAACUUUUUAUACUAUAGCUUGGUUUGUGACCAGGUUUGACUUAAUAAUUUAUUUAAAACAAAAACAGACAGAAACAAACAGAAAUAAAAAAAACAUAAAUUUGGCAAAGGGUUAUUGUUAAAACUCCAAACCAAACACACACAAGUCAGGUUUAUUGUAAGCGGUAAACAGCCGUGUCCCAUGGCAACGAAUGUGUGGCUUUAGUCUAAACUCAAACAUACAAGUGGACGCAAAAUUUGUGUGGCCCCAGAUGCCAAGGUUUCAGGAUGGCAGUUCUGUGGUGGAUCAGAUGACAAGACUCAAACUCAAACUGCAGGAGAAGAGACUAAAAAGGCACAAUAUGGACAACAGACCAGAAUCUGCAAUGUCUGCAAGGAGUUAUGAUGGAGAGAUUGAAGCACUGCACCGUGCACUGAGGAGAAAGCAAGACCUACUGCAAAGACUGAGGGAGGAGCAUAUGUUAGAAAAUCUCAACAGACCUCGUACGUGGGGAGGGUCACAAAAACUGCACCAGCCACAUUUUGUUACAACUCCACAAAUCCCAACUAUGGCACCCAACCACCUCCACAACCCAGCUCCUAUAUUGCCAUACCUGCCCUCUGCACCACCUGCCCUGCCUCAGCUCCCACGCAUCAUCCAGCAAACUCUCCCUCAGCAGCCUGCCACCAUCAUACAACAGCUGCCACAACAGCAGCCUCUGAUUACUCAGAUUCCCCCUCCUCAGGCGUACCCUGCAGCUCGCUCAGGCAGCAUCAAAGAGGACAUGGUGGAACUGAUGCUGAUGCAAAAUGCCCAGAUGCAUCAGAUUAUAAUGCACAAUAUGAUGCUGAGAGCCAUGCCAGCUAUGACCCUAUCGACCCCUAACGUUGCUGCACAUUUUGGCCAGGACCAGGCAAACCCUUGUUUCAUGGGGUCAGAUUUCAAACCAAGAGAGAGUGCUGUUCAUCAUCAUCAUCACUAUGGUUCAACUGCUGCAGGGCCACAGCUGCCUCCUCUCAGCUACCAUACGUGGCUACCGAGGGAGUCGCCUAUCUCAGCAGGACAAGCAGGGGGACAACUAUCACCUUUACACCAUGUAACAGCAGCACCCACCAGACUUCCACCACUCAACCUCUAAGGCUUAGUGACCCAUGUGUGUGGUGCAGGUAAUGAUGGCUAAGCAGAAACUAGAUUAAUUGAGCAGACUAUAAAAAUUAUGUACUUAUAGACACAAAUAUACGUGAAUAAACUACAGACCCCAGAUAUACCUGGUCUGAGGGUUAAUAUUUUUGCAACGUAAAAACCGUUUAAACCACAUAUUGCCCGCAAAUAACCGUUUGAAAGUGUAAAAAAUUUGCGCCCGAACAGGGACUUGAACCCUGGACCCUCAGAUUAAAAGUCUGAUGCUCUACCGACUGAGCUAUCCGGGCUCUGUAGAAGCUCCCCUUAAGAGGCUAUAAGAAAAGAACUUUGUUGCUGCUCUCCAAGGUCACAUUCCCUAAAGCUCAGUUUUAAAAGGAAUAAUGUUCAUGUAUUCUGUUCGCGACUGACACUAGACACCUACCAAAAGUAGCAAGUUUACCAUUUGCGAACAGCUAACGCUAGCUCACAUGACGUCACAGCAGCGACGUCAUGACGUAACGCUAUUAGCAAAACGUUGACAAAACUAAACAAGACCCAAAACACAUUGACUCAGUUAUUAUUCGUGUCGUUUCGUUUUGUAUCUGUUUACACACAAUACAUUUGCUUUGUCUUUAAUGGAUGAAUUUACAGCUGUACAAAAUGUUUUUUUACAGAAUCUAUAAAACAAAACCAAACGAACAGUAGUCAGUUUACCUAGCUUUAUCACAGAAAAUCUUUGCAUUGUUGACUAUCCCCACCCAAAAUGCACAAUAAAAUCACUAAAUGUCAAUCGUCAUGGCACAUCCAUUUAAUAAAUAGACAAGUGACACCCACUGCAUUAAGGACCUAUUAAAGUGCAUGAUUCUUUUUUUAAAGAAUUGCGGCUUUACAGCAGAGGAACGGGAGAGUCAUGCUGUGAAUUUGCAGGAUGUGGUCCUAGUACAGUCCUCCUGGUGACCUACACCGGCUAACAUAAAGACAUGAGAGUAAAUAAUGGUCUUGCAAUUAUGGAUUUUUUUGUAUGGCACAUCAGUGUUACAUGCUUAGACCAACCUUGGUGUCUGCAUUCAGUAGCAGGCCUGGUGAAAAAGAAUGAAUGCUAAACAAAGUGUUUCAGUAAUCUGGUCAAAAUGGGUUUGGAAUGCAAAUCUCUGGUCAUACAAAACAAAAGCUGGCCUCACAUUAUCUGUACAAUUCAAUUUAUUUACACAGUGCAUGUGUGCUCGUGAGGUUGCAGAAUACCAGGCAUCUGUGCAAAUUACACCACCAGUAAAUGUUUCUGAAUGUUUUAGAAAAUCUGUUUAUAUUGCAAUGAAUUUAUAAAGAAUUAAAUAAAGUUACUGGAAGAUGUCUUGAAAUGUGAGCAGAGGCAGAGUGCAAGCUGUAAUACAAAGCACAAGGUAGGAUAUACAGCCUCCUCCUGUUACAACAGCUGAUAUACACAAAGUCUCUAUGUUGUCAGCGUUGUUUUUCUCACAUGCUGAAUGCUGUUACUGAGAGACACCACACAUUCCCUAAAUUUAACUCACACCCUGUGAUUUGUUUGAGUGAGAGAAUGGAAAUAGAACUAUUGACGUGUUUUCUUCACAUUUCUCUAUUGACACAUUUCUCCAGACAUGUGAAAUGUUUUUAUAUUACAGCAACACCUGCACUUUCACUAAGUCAGCUUUUGACUAACUGCAGUUUAACCUAAUCUCAUUUUAUCAAUAUACCAAAUAACAAGUUCAGAGGCGUUCCAGAUUGGGCUGUUG